AUGAUGGCGAGCUUGUUCCGUAUCCCCGCCCGUCCCUGUCCCGCCGCCCCGCCCCUGCUCCUCUCCUUCCUCCUCCGCCUCAUCCUGCUCCUCCGCCUGCCCUUCCUGGCGCAGGCCGAAUGCUGGCUCAUCGAGGGGGACAAGGGCUACGUGUGGCUGGCCAUCUGCAGCCAGAACCAGCCGCCGUACGAGACCAUCCCCCAGCACAUCAACAACACCGUGCACGACCUGCGGCUCAACGAGAACAAGCUGAAGGCCGUCUUCUUCUCCUCGCUCAGCCGCUUCGCCAACCUGACCGACCUCAACCUGACCAAGAACGAGAUCGCGUACGUGGAGGACGGGGCCUUCGCCGGGCAGGCCAACCUGCAGGUGCUGCAGCUGGGCUACAACAAGCUGACCAACCUGACGGAGGGGAUGCUGCGGGGCCUGGGCCGGAUGCAGUGCCUGUUCCUGCAGCACAACCUCAUCGAGGUCAUCGCCACCAACGCCUUCUGGGAGUGCCCCAGCCUCAGCAGCCUGGACCUGUCCUCCAACAAGCUGGCCCGCCUGGACCCGUCCACCUUCGCCAGCCUGACCCGGCUGAUGGUGUGCGAGCUGGCGGGCAACCCCUUCCACUGCGGCUGCGACCUGUUCAGCUUCCUCACCUGGCUGGAGGCCUUCAACAACGUCACGCACACCUACGACCGGCUGCAGUGCGAGACGCCGCGGGAGUUCUUCGGCUACCCGCUGCUGAGCCCCGUGUCGGGACACGGGCACAACGCUCGCACCAUCCUCUUCUCCAUGUGCCGGGACGGGGUCAUCAUCCCCGGCAUCACGUCCCUGCCGCCGGACGGGGAGUCUUCGGGCCUGGGCCCGGACAUGUCGGACCGCGUGGACCCGUUCCUCCAGCCCACCACCUCCUCCAGCACGGACCCCGGCCACAGCCCCAGCAUCAAGCUGCAGCACGUCUCCCUCUCCACGGCCUCGCUGCUGGUGCAGAUCCCCCGGCCCUUCAGCAAGAUGUACAUCCUGGUGCAGUACAACAACAGCUACGUCUCCGACAUCAUGAACCUCAAGAACAAGAAGGAGCUGAUCACGCUCAACAACCUGAGGGCGCACACCAACUACACCUUCUGCGUGGCCUCCAUACGCAACUCGCAGCGCUACAACCACACCUGCCUGUACUUCGGCACGCGCAUGCUGAGUCCCGACGACCUGCGGCCCAGCCCCUCCACGACCACCCACUACAUCAUGACCAUCCUGGGCUGCCUGUUCGGCAUGCUCAUCGUGCUGGGGCUGGUGUACUACUGCCUGCGCCGGCGUCGCAUGGAGGACGAGAAGCAGAAGUCCAUCAGCGUGAAGAAGACCAUCCUGGAGAUGCGGUACGGGCCGGAGGCCGCCGCGGCCGCCAGCGACCCCGCGGCCGUGCAGAAGCUCCACGAGCAGGCACACCACCAGCACCACCACGGCAAGCUGCCCCCAUCCACCUCCUCCAGCUCCGGCAUGCUGCAGGGCUCGGCCAACACCAGCUCCUCCCGCCUGUCCUCCAUCCCCCAGGUGGAGAAGAUGGCCGCGGCCUUCUCGGACACCGUGGCCGCCGCCAACAAGGGCAACUACAUGGACGUGAGGACCUCGGCCUCCGGGGACGGCCGGUGCCGGGACGGGGGGGGCGCGCCCGGGUCCGGGGAGGACGAGCGCAGGGAGGACGACGGGACGGAGGACUCUGACGACGACGGGCGGGGCUCGGCCUCCGAGAUCUCCACCAUCGCCAUGGAGGUGGACAAGGUCAACCAGAUCAUCAACAACUGCAUCGACGCGCUCAAGCUGGACUCCGCAGCCGUGGCCGCGGCGGCCGCCGCCGCCGCCACAACCACCGCGGACAACCCCACCUCCCCCCCUCCCGCCUGCAUCACCUCCGUGCCCCGCGGGCUCCUCCCCCUCGCCGCCAGCCUCACGGAGGCUUGCCAGAUCCUGGCGUCUCCCAAAAUAGCCCCUCCUCCCCCGAUGCCCCUCGUCUUGCCGCUCUGCGAGAGGCCUGGGAUCAGCGGCGGGGGAUUCCUCUCCCCGCCGUACCGGGACCCCCCGCCCGCCACGGCCGCCCGGCCCCUGCAGAGGCAGCUGAGCGCCGACGCCGCGGCGGUCGCCAUGGGCGCCGCCAAGGGCCGCUGCGGCAACCCGGCGGGCGGGUCCGUCAAAGCCGCCGCCCGCGUCUUCAGCCUGGACGUCCCGGAGCCCCGGAGCCCCGAGUCCUGCGAGUACCCGGAGAAGGGGAGUCCCGUGGGGCGCGGGGAGCCCCUGGAGAGGCUCCCCCUGGUGGGGGGUCAGGGCGGCGGCGGCGGCGGCGGCGGCGUCAGCAACGGCGGAGGAGGCGGCGGAGGCGUCGGAGGCGGAACGGGGUCGCAGCACCUGGAGGUGCUCCCGGACUACCGCUGCUCGGAGCACCGGCACUCCUUCCCCGCCCUGUACUACGAGGGCGCGGCCGACUCCCCCGCCCAGAGAGCCUCCUUCCUCAAGCCCCUGAGCCGGUCCAAGAGGGACGCGGCCUCCUACUCCCAGCUCUCCCCCCGGCACCUCAACUUCUCGGGCUACUCCUCCAGCCCCGAGUACUCCUCGGAGAGCACGCUCCGCAUCUGGGAGCGCUUCCGGCCCUAUAAGAAGGGCCCCCGCGAGGAGGCCUCCUACAUCGCCGCCGGCCACGCCCUGCGCAAGAAGGUACAGUUCGCCGAGGACGAGGAUCUGCAUGACAUCCUCGACUACUGGAAGGGAGUCUCCGCACAGCAGAAGCUGUGA